AUGGAUUCCAUUGGACCUCGCCGGUCGCAACCCGGUCAAAAGAAAAGCCUUGCUUGCCUAUUAAUUCUAAUUCUUAUUUUCUGUUUAUCGACAUCAACGUUGGCUCACCCUACUGCAGUCACGGCAGAUCUACAACCGAGCAUCCCGCGAUCGACCUCUAACCCCGGUGGAGAAACGAUCGUGGAUCGUCAGGAUUUGCCCCCCGGAGGUCGAGGAGACACAAUUUUGGACACAUUGAACCAGGAUUCCGUGGCGGAGUCUCUGAAGCACGAUGCGACGCACGGUCUACAACGGCGAAUUCUAAAUGCCAGCACGGAGACUUCAGCAGCGAUGCCCGAGCCCUUUGACACGAGCUCGAACAACUUUGCCAACGCUAGCUGCGUCAGCUUCUUCGAUAGCUUCCUCGCCAAUUCUACGGUGACCAAAUGCCACGCCGUUUCACUCCUUUUCGAGAACUCGAAUGGCUUCUUCCAUGAUUUGAGCUCAGCAACAACCACCGCGCGCGUGCUGGAUACUGCCUGCUCCGAGCCAGUCAUUGAAUGUCAGUCGAUCAUGAAUUCGUUAGCGACCAAGAUGCUGGACGGGAGCAAUUGUGGGCCCGACUAUGAGGCAGGCAACUCAGUGGUCACGGACACCUAUCAACAACUGAUGGCCUACGAGCCUGUAUACCGAGCUACUUGCCUCAUCAACACCCUUACUGACGACUAUUGUUUCGUCGAUGCAGUCACAAAUACUACAGCUGCGAAUGAUUAUAAUGUAUAUUUCAUUCCGAUUGGGAACACGCUUACCAAGGGAACACUCACCUGCAACGAGUGCCUUAAAGCGACCAUGGACAUAUAUGCUGAGUGGGCCAAGGUGGAUGGUCAAUCACUCGACUCAACUUAUCUCCCCUCGGCGAAGAUUGUCAAUGAAUACUGUGGCUCUGGUUUUGCGGACACCAAUAUCACAAUCGGUUCCGACAGUGUCACGGCCGGUGCCGGACUCACAGUUCCAUUACCCAACUCCCGACUUCCAUUGUUUAUAAUCAGCGUCACAAUCGGAGCUCUAUCCUGGGGGAUGUAUUAG